AUGACUGCUGGGCUGGGCUGGGCACCGUUUGUCUGGGUCGGCCUCGUUUUUGCAAGCCAGUGGGAUUGGACACAAAUCCUUGCCCCCAGAUUUGAUUCAAAGGCGGUAUCCCUUUUUUUGGUGUCUUCGCUUCGCCUGUCACCGAUGAUCAAAAACUCUAGAACAUUAUUAUUACUAUCUCGCCUAAGCAGCUCAUGUCUCUCUUCGGAACCGGAAGCUCAGGCCGAACUAUUGAGCUCGCAAUCCAGACUCCAUCUCCAGUCAUGGAUGGUCCUCUACUACGCUACUACCAAUAAGAUGUCUUCUUUACUUGCUGAGGCCAGUAACUCGGGUUAG